AACCCUGUUCUGAUCAGGAUAAUACUCUUUGAUAUCUCGCACACUGCGAUCGAGUGAGUAGGCCUGAGGUGUUUGUUUAAUUGCAAAAUCUCGGUCAGAUUCAUUUUUUUAACAGAUUUGAAAUAAUUUCUAUGAAAUAUUAUAUUUCACAAGUGUCAAAACUAUUACUAGCAACGGAAAAGAUCAUGUCGGCCAUUUUUAUGUGUGAUAACAGAACCUAAAUCGAGGUGGGAUAUACAGCCUUUUUGUCAGAUUUGAAGAAGCUUGAAUACAAUCAUCAGAACUAUAAGAAACAAUGGCAGAGAAUGCAGCAGACAUAGUAACAGUGGACCAGUGGCAUCAAAGCAUUGACAGCUUAUUCUUCCGAACAAAGACAGGUUCUCUUAACUGGUAUUCAUUAGCUGAAAUAUUCGUUAAUCUGUACAAUGAAGAUUGUGAAGACCUUGCUGUUGAAAACAGAAUACUUCAAGAUGGUUUUGGAUUUCUACGAACCCAGACUUUAAAGAUCAACCCAAAAGUUUACCAGUACAUGACACAACCAAACGUGAAGAUUCACCACACUAUUGACCUUGUAAACUGCGGGCGAUCUUCAUAUGCUGCUGUGCAACAUAUUGCAGACAAUCUGGGUGAUGUUCUUGUAUCGAACUUUCCCAUUGUUGUAUAUGUUGACAAGGAAACCCGAAAAAGUGCUCCACUACCAGAAUAUUUUAGAAAGGCAGUGAAAAAAACAAUUCCGUUAAAUAGGUUCACUUUCAAAGCACACGUUUGUUCAUUAAAAUAUUUUCAAAUGAAAGUCACUGUUGUUUACACAGACCUCGACAACUACGGUCACGCCACACAAACUUCAUAUAUUAGACAUGUUUUCAAUGCCUUCGUAGCAGCCGCCGAGUCGAGGGCGCUAGGUAACAUUAGCGUUGAAGAUAUUUUUUCUGCACAGGAGUUAAGGUUUUCAUUUGAGGCAGAAUCAAAACUUGGUAGUAGUUAUAUUGUGAAGGUAUGGAAUGAUAAAAGUAGUGGACUUCAUGCCCAAAUUGUUGCAGAAGUGAACCAUGAGAAAAUAAUUUUUCAAGCAUUUGUUGCAGUAGUCAGUGGUCCAAGGAAGCAAGCUAAAUUAUGAAAAACCCUUGUUCUUAAAAAAGAAAACUCUAAUGAAUAUUUAACUAUAAAUUUAAUUAUUAAAGCUAUCAAAGACUGAAAUGAUAUUUAUUUAUAUUUACUAUAUAUUUAAAAAAGAAAACUCUCAUGAAAAAAAAAUAGUACUUUGUUAUUCUGUUAUGUAUAUUCAAGUCUAUUUUAUUAUUUAUAAUUCUUUUUAUAAGGAAACAAUAUUUGUGAAUAUAUAUAAUAAAUGCAGUACCAAUACAGUAUAAAC